UUGACUGUGAAAUUCGAAACCCGGUCUCUGCUGUGCGAGGUUCUCGCAAAGGUAGUCUACAGGGAAGAGACUACAGACCUAGAUAAGCCAAAGGUGUACCAGGGCGUGCGGGUGAAGACAACGGUUAAAGAGUUGCUGCAGCAGCAGAGAGCUCUCCAGACAGCAAUUCAAACUGUUAGAAUGAAAUCCCAGAGCUUGGCGAGUCAGGAUGUUUGCGACUCCUCCUCCUUGCCAGGCCAUUAUUUUGAUUAUUUCCCUGAAGAUAUGAAUUCCAACGGCAGCUUUCAUCCGCGUGCCUUUCCAGACAGCAACGUCCAGAUGGAGAGCUUCAAUAAUCAACAAUUGAUAAGCAUGAUGAUGCUCAACGAGACCUACAGCAGUGGUAUUCUGCAUCCCGCUACCUCAACAAAACUUUGGUCCCAAGAAAAUCACUCCCCGAAUAUGGACUAUUACGUCAAUGGCAUGGCUCCCAGCUCACCAUCAGGUUCUCUAAAUAUGCCAAGUCCGGUCGACUACAAUAAUUAUUCGCCACAGGAGUCUUACUCUUCGUCGUGUUACAACUCUCCGGAGAGGAUGGACUCGAGUUAUGGGUUUGUUCCAGAGCACUACCACUACCAGCACUGCAACCUCCAGCACUGCUACUGCCUGUCCCAUUGGUCGGGUACCCAGGAAAGCAGCUCCACUCCAGAAUACGUAACAUAUGGCACAACAGACUGUGUACACGCCUCGCCUGUGGAGGACAGCUAUUUCAGGCGGGAAUUGUCAAGUUCAGAGAUGUGCUACCUUUGAAGAUCCAUUCGGUCUUUGUUUUCUGUGUAAAUACAGUAGAAUGUAUAGUCAAAACAAUGUCUGUAACUCGAUGUCAAACGUUGACACUUGUGGCACUUGUUUUGAGAUGUAGGCCUGCUUUGCAUUUCGGAGUGUUUGCUGGAUAUGUAUGGCCUUGGCGCUAUCUAGUUAGUUAUUGACUGUGAUUGAGAUAUAUAUCAAAACAAAUCUAAUGAUGUCAUCCUUCUUUUUA